AGGGCGAAUAAUGACCUUGGAGCACUCAUCACCAAGACUUGCCAUCAGAUUUUCAUGUACAAAACCGUGUUACCGACGCGUGAUAUGAACGGAUUAAGCCAAUCGUUGUUCAGUCGCAUUUCCUCCGUUGACAAUUGUGAGUUCGGUGUCGUGAUUUACGUGCUUCGAGAUCGAUUACUUUCCAAUUCUGAAUCUAUAAUCAGAUCGAAGAAUACAUCUCUGGCUGAGCAAGAGCAGUGCAAAAACAAUCCCGCGCACUCAUAAAAGCAGAGCAUCAUGAUAGGCGCCAACCAAUCCUCGCUCACAAUCAUUUUCCGGCUUGUUCUGGGGAGAGCACCAAAUGAGCACUGUUCGCGCAGCAAGUCCUUUAACUAUGAACCCGUCUGCCCCUAGACGUCUUGUGGACAAAUGUACCCCACGGGACAAGUUCGCCCAGACACACGUCCAUCAUCUACAGAGUUCAUUCCUCUCGUGUUCUGAUGAUUCGAAUGUAAACAUCCCCAGCGCGCCUUGGGUCCACACGUAUAACUCACGACAACGUUCGCAGUCUUCCGCAGACACACAAGGCUGGAAGCAUCUGCCAACCCCCAUCCGACCAACCUUCCGCCCGCGCGACUAUGCGCCACCACUCACUGCGGAUGGCGUCUCCUCUGAGACACAGACGAAUUUCAAAGUCCUACAACGUUCCUUGCAUAACCUCGACUUUGAUCCAGCUUGCCUUGAUCGCCUCGAUGAUCAGCUUCUCCUCUCACCUACGGAGUCAUUCGUAGACGUAUGCUACUCUGAAGCUGUUCACGACGACGUUCCUGUGCCUAUUCUCCAGCCUAUUCAACCCCGUAUACGCAAAGGCACGAGACUAUAUGACCGCACAGCUGCCAGCGACGAAGAUCCUUUCCACGAUUGGGAUGAGAACUACUCCGUCAAGUUCAAAAAGGCUCGCAAGAGACCAUUGCCCACACCUCCGCUCCCAGAGCUGCCGGAAGCAUCACUUCCCAGAACGACUCACCAAGCCUCGAUGCUCGCUCUUCUGGAAUCACAUAUUCUAUAUCACAAUCCCAACGAAUCUGUUCACUUCUUCCCAGUGUCUUCCCAACGCUGCAACGGCGGUGAAUCGCGAAAAUCAUCUCUCGAAGCUCCCUCCGUCACAUCCACGGGGUCGAGCGGCAGAUUCAAGCGUAUCUCUGAUGCACUGACCGGCCGUGCUCGGAUAAAACCCAGUCCCUAAAACCUCCAGCUAACUUUAUCGGAUCUAAAGCCACGAGUCGCUUCAGAUUGCACACGAUCAUUCAAAAAAAGCGACGUGCCGUCAGCUAUCUCCAUUCUUUGAUUGUUAUACUUGCGUGCAGCUGGAACUCCACUUUUCGACCCACUCAUUUGUUUCUUUGAUACCCCACUAUCUUGUUGUUCUUUAGGAUUGUAUUUUGGAACUUUUCUAGCAUCUCAUCACAACCGACUGUUCUAAUUUUCCCCACAGUCGGCAGUAUCUUACAACCCUUGGUCUUGGUCAGUCUUGGUCCGUAGAUACGAUGAUCCGUGACGUACGGUUCAGCAUCGAUAACGCCCCGAAUGAAAUAAUGCGCUUACUUGGAACUUGAAUAUGACCGCGAUUCUUGAAGACAUCUUACCUCAUGGGUCGUUUGGUCGGCCAUCCGGUGUUAUGGUGGAAGUUCGACUAUCCGACUUUAAAAUAGAC